CCCAGUGGCAAAUGGGGAUGGUGGGGAUUCCCCAUGAUGGAGCUGAUGAGGUACGGGAGCAUGGCGGAAGGGGGGCCAGCCUUAUCCUGUGCCUCCGUCAGCGCGGCCAUGGCUGCAGGCCAGGAGCAACCCAGCAUACCAGCAAGGAGCAAUCCUGCCCAACCUGUUCCUCCAGGCUGGAGGCCCCAGUGCUGGCUGCUGUUCUCAGCAGGAGCGCCAGGCACGGCAGAGCUUGGGCCCCUGCAGCAGAGGGGAGGCAGGAGACGAAGGACAGCUGGCGUGCUGGCAAGGAUGCUGAUGGGACCCAGGCGUCCUGCCCCCAAACCAGGAGUGUGACCCUCCCCCCAGCACCCAUCUGUGGGGUCAGCUUAGUUUGAAGGGUGCUUGGCGUCGGGCUGAGGGCGCUCAGCACCCUCGGGGGGCCAGUGGUGGUGCUGCACCACUGGUGCUCAGUCUCAAUUCACCUGCUUUGGAGUGGGUCCCUGGGCCGGAUCCUGACCCCAGCAUGGUGCCUUGCUCCCAGGAUGCUUCUCCUCCUUUGGUGGUUUUCUUGUAAAACAGAAGCAGCAAAGGCUGGCGUGGGAGGCCAGGCAAGGGCACAAUUGCUGAGCUGGGAGCAGGACAGACUCUCCGCUACUUCCUCCCACCAGGAGAUUCCUACCUGAAAAAAAGCCCGGGUUUGUCCCCAGAUACUGCAAAGAACCGGGCAGAGCAGCCUGAUGCCCUGCAGUGCCCAGCCGGGGGGCCACGGGGGCCACCUCAGUGGGAGGCCUUGCCCAGCCGGCACGAAGGGCUGGUUUUGGGGUGCCCGGUAGGGUCAGCCCUGCCUUCCUGGAAGGUGGCCUUUGGAACUACUUGGCAUUUCCUCAAAGGCUUCUCAGGGGAAAGUCCCUGCGGUGCUGUUCCCGCCACCGGGGCUGCCGCCUCCAUAAAACGGCGGGCAGGCGGCGGCCGCCAGGACAUCGCACCAUGGGCAACUGGCUGGUCAACCACUGGUUCUCGGCUGCUGUCCUCGCAGCCUGGCUGGGCAUCAACAUCUUCCUCUUCACAUACUACUUUCUGUUCUUUGACCGGGACGAGCGGUAUUUCUACACCAGGGCCAUCCUCGGGUCCGCUUUGGCAUGGGCACGAGCAUCAGCCAAGUGCCUCAACUUCAACAGCAUGCUGAUCCUGCUGCCCGUCUGCCGCAACCUCCUCUCCUUCCUCCGCGGGACCUGCUCGUGCUGCAGGCGAACUCUGCGGAAACAGCUGGACCACAACCUCACCUUCCACAAGCUGGUGGCGUACACGCUGGCCCUGCUCACAGCCGUGCACACCAUCGCCCACCUCUUCAACCUGGAGCGCUACAACCACAGCCAGCAAGCCACCGAUGGCAGCCUCCCCGCUGUCCUCUCCAAGAUGCACCUGCAGGGCAGCAAGUGGCUGAACCCCAUCCACUCCAACCAGACGACUGUUGAGUAUGUGGCCUUCACCACCAUCCCGGGACUGACAGGUGUCAUCAUCACGCUGGCGCUCAUCCUCAUGGUCACGUCCUCCACUGAGUUUAUCCGCAGGAACUAUUUUGAGGUCUUCUGGUACACACACCAUCUCUUCCUCAUCUACUUUGCUGGCCUUGUCAUCCAUGGCAUUGCCGGGCUGGUGCGCGGGCAGACAGAGGAGAGCAUGGAGGAGGUGCACCCCCAUCGGUGUGCCCGCUGCCUCACGCACAAGGCCGAGAACUGCAGCCACAGCUGCUGGAAAGACCCCGAGUUUGGCAGCAUCCCCACCGAGUCCUGGAAGUGGGUUCUGGCCCCCAUUGUCCUCUACGUAUUCGAGCGGAUCCUCCGGGUCUGGCGCGCACGGCAGAAGGUGGUUGUCACCAAGGUGGUCAUGCACCCUGCCCGUGUGCUGGAGCUGCAGAUGCAGAAGAAGGGCUUUCGCAUGGAAGUGGGGCAGUACGUCUUCAUCAACUGCCCUGCCAUCUCCAUGCUGGAGUGGCACCCCUUCACCCUCACCUCGGCACCUGAGGAGGACUUCUUCUCUGUCCAUAUCCGGGUGGCUGGGGACUGGACAGAGCGUCUCGUCCACACCUUCCAGCAGCAGAAGUCAGAGAUGCCCAGGAUCGAGGUGGAUGGCCCCUUCGGCACAGCCAGUGAAGACGUGUUCCAGUAUGAGGUGGCCAUGCUGGUGGGAGCAGGCAUUGGAGUCACACCCUUUGCCUCCAUCCUGAAGUCCAUCUGGUACAAGUUCCAGCAGGCUGACCAGACCCUCAAGACCAAGAAGAUAUAUUUCUACUGGCUCUGCCGGGACACGGGAGCCUUUGCCUGGUUCAAUGACCUGCUUGCCUCACUGGAGCAGAAGAUGGCGGAGUCGGGCAAGGCAGACUUUCUCACCUACCGUCUCUUCCUCACCGGCUGGGACACCAGCAUUGCCAACAACGUGGCGCUCCGCUUUGACACUGCUACAGACACAGUGACGGGCCUCAGGCAUAAAACCAUCUUUGGGCGGCCCAUGUGGAACAGCGAGUUCGCAGCGGUGGCUGCAGCCCACCCCAGGUCGGUGGUCGGCGUGUUCCUCUGCGGGCCAGGGGCCUUGGCAAAGAGCCUGCAGAAGUCUUGCCACCAACACUCCAGCCUGGACCCCAGGAAGGUCAAAUUCUACUUCAACAAGGAGAACUUUUAAGUGGCAGCCAGGCUGGGACCCCAGCAGGCCGGGGACCCUGCCAGUCUCACCUCCAUGCUGGAGCAUGGCCCGGGGUAAGCAUCUGCUGAAGAGCGCGUACACCAAAGCUGUGCAAAACACGGCAAGGCGCUCCUUCCCCCUGCGAAGCUCCACGUUCAAAGAUGCUGCUGCCUUGACCUGGGCUACAAGGGGUCCUUGUGGGGAGAGCGGGCUUGCAGCACCACACGGCCCUCUGUCGAGAAACCGGAGACACAUGCUGCCAUGAUGCUGCUGGUGCAGCAGGAGCACCCAGCGGGCUGGGCACAAGCAUGGGACAAGGAUGGGGACGGGACACGGGCAAGCCGAGCAGGCACUGGGAGCCAGAUGUGCCCCUCCAGGUUUAAACUGUCCUUUGCAUAAAAGGGUAACUUAAACUUGCUUUCCCUUAUA